CAUCAGGGAACGGGUCAGCCGUGGUAGCACAUGCGCAGAUUCACGCGACUGCCAUAUGUCUGAAAGAGAUUUUAAAAAGUGACAGUGAGGUAACAGUGUACAAAACAUGGGGAAAAAACAGAAAAACAAGAGUGAAGAUAAUGCCAAGGAUGACAUUGAUAUUGAUGCAUUGGCAGCAGAGAUUGAGGGAGCAGGAGCUCCUAAACCAAAACCAGUUAGUAAAAAGAAGAAAAAAGAUUUUGAGGAAGAUGAUAUACUAAAAGAAAUCGAAGAACUUUCUUUAGAGAUUCAAGGAACAAAGGGCCAUAACGAAGCAGCCAAAUCUUCAGCCAAAAAAGAAGAAAUAGAUGAAUCUGAGCCAGUCAAUAAAAAGCCAGAUAAGAAGAAAAAGAGCCAGAAGGUCCCAAAAUCUGGUUUUGAAGAUGAAGAAGUGGAAGGUGAAGAGUUUGGGCUACCAAAAGGCAAAGGUCGGAAGCAAAAAUCUGAGCAAUCAGAUGAGGAAGAUUUCAUUGAGAGAGCUAAAGGGAGAUCCCAAAGUCAUGCACAAAAACUAGAGCUUUCAGAAGGCGAGGAAGUUGAGACUAAGAAUUCUAAAGCAAAUUCAGUCAGUGAUGAAGACAGCAGUGAGUUCCCUCAAAAUACAAAGAAUAAGAAGAAUCAAAAAAGUAAUCAGCCCAAGAAAGGUGAAAGUGAAGGGGAGGAUGGAGGAGAUUCUGGAUUCAAACUAAAAACAGCUGCACAAAAGAAAGCAGAAAAGAAAGAAAGGGAGCGCAAGAAACGGGAAGAGGAAAAGGCUAAACUUCGUAAGCAGAAAGAAAAGGAUGAUUCUGAACGACAGAGAAAGGAAAAAGAGCAGGAAGCUAAAACUCAGAAAGCUGAAGCUGAACUUGUUUCUAAAAGUGUACAUGAGAAAAUGGAUGUUACUGCAACUGCUGAAGUUAAGGGAAUUGAAGAUACUGCAGGUGCGGAAGGUGAAGAAAAUGAUGGGGACAAAAAGAAAAAGGACAAAAAGAAAAAGAAAGAUAAAGAUGAAAAAGAGAAGAAGAAAGCUGGUCCCAGCAAGGCUACUGUAAAAGCUAUGCAGGAAGCACUUGCAAGAUUAAAAGAAGAAGAAGAAAGGCAAAGAAGAGAGGAGGAAGAACGUUUACAACGGUUGGAAGAACUGGAAGCGAAACGCUUAGAACAGGAGAAACUAGAACAGGAACGUAAAGAGAAAAAGAAACAAAAAGAAAAAGAAAGAAAAGAACGCUUGAAGAAGGAGGGCAAAUUGUUGACGAAAUCCCAGAGGGAUGCCAAAGCAAGAGCUGAGGCUACACUUGAACUUCUUCGUGCUCAAGGUGUUGAUGUGCCAUCCAAAGAUUCAAUUCCAAGGAAACGACCAGUAUAUGAUACCAGAAAAAAGAAAAAGCAGCACGAGAGCAAAGGAGAGGAAAGCAAAGAAGGUGAGUGCUUAGUCUUCAAGCAAUUUCACCAGUCUACAAUCUUAAAUAAUAAUAAAUAAUAUCAUUGAAGCAAU